AGUGAGCUUGGCGCCACGUCGCUUGGCACCCCGCUGCCGCUCCUCAACAGCGAGGAAGCAACAAACGGUUCCUGGCCAUGCGACGCCGAUAAGACCAGAUCAACAUGGUGGUGCAACAACACGUCCUGAACUGGCUCUACAGUGUUCUGACAAGUGAGUACCACGACGUCAACCGCACCUACAACGACGUGGCCCAGGCGCUGUCUCAGUAUCCGUCCCUCUCUCCUCGGACUGAUGUGUACACCUUCCCUAAUGGCACCUCUGCCCUGCUCCUCCAUCUCUCGGGCACGAUCCCGGUCCUCUUCCGCGGCGCGACCUACCGCUUUCCCAUCUCACUAUGGGUGCCCCACGCCUACCCGCGCGAACCCCCGCUAGUCUACGUGACGCCGACCGAGACCAUGAUGGUGCGUCCAGGGCAGCACGUUGAUCCGCAGGGCCAGGUGUACCAUCCUUACCUCGUCGGCUGGCCGACCUUCUGGGAUAAAUCCACCAUCCUGGACUUCCUCGCGAUCCUCCGAGAUGUCUUUGCCAAGGAGCCGCCGGUUGUCUCUCGCCAGCAAGCGCCUCCACUUCCAAGCCAACAGACUCCUACUCCUCCUCCUGUGCCCCCGCUGCCGCCAGAUCUUGCCCCGAAACCAGCCAGCCGCGCUCAAACAACCGCCCCGGAAGCUGUGAGGCCGCCGCCCCCGCCGCCGAAACCCGGGACGCAAAACCAGCCUCCGCAGCAGCCAUCCCCCUCCCCGGCUCAGGCCGCUGGGCCCAGGGUUCCUCCUCCACCGCCAAAGGUCGGGGGGCCAGCAAUCAGUCAAGCACCUGAAGGUGCACCGGCAUCACAGCAGCAGCCCAUAAGCAGCGGGCCUUCGCGUUACGAGACAGCUCCGCCACUCCCGACACAGGCGACACCCGCAUCAUCCGAGUCUCGACAGCCACCAUUGCCUCCGCCGGCGGAGCAACCACAACCCCAAAUCCCUCAAUACUAUGGACACCCACAACCUGCCGGAUUUCCGCCUGGCCCGCCACAACCGCCAUUCCCCCCAGCCGACCCCCGACGGACGUCGACUUUGACACAUCCCCUACCAUACGGCACCCCCCCGCCCACCUGGCAGCAACCGCCGCCUCCGGUCCAAGCGCAGCCGAAGCCCAAACCGCCCCCUCCGCCCGACCUCAUGGACGACGACCUCACCCUCACCAUCCCCUCCCCUUCCUCCGUGCCCCCGCCUCCGAUCCCCCCGAACCCAGAGAAAGACCUCCUCCUGCAGCGUCUCGCCCAAGCGCUGCACGCGCACCGCCAGAAGGCCCGCGCACAAAACGAAGCCUCCCUGCGCGGCCUCCAGGCCCAGCACGCGGCGCUGCUCAACGCGCUGGCGACGCUGCAGUCCGAGUCGGCGCAGCUGAACCAGCUGUCGGCGCUGCUGGCGGCCGACGCGGCGAUCCUGCAGGACAGCCUGCGCAAGGCGGACGCCGUGAUCGAGUCCUCGGCGAACCACCCGCGCCCGGACAUCGACGAGCUGCUGGUCGCCCCCACCGUCGUCGGCAACCAGCUGUACGAGCUGGUCGCCGAGGAGCGCGCCCUGGCCGACGCCAUCUUCGUGCUCGGGCGCGCGGUCGAGCGCGGCCGCGUCGCGCCGCAGACUUUUGCCAAGAUGACGAGGAGCUUGGCCAGGGAGUGGUAUUUGAAGAAGGCUCUGGUGAAGAAGAUCGGGAGGGGGAUGGGGUUGGCCGAGGGUUGAGCGGAGUAUGUUGGGUUUGGUUGAACCCUCGGUCGUUACAUCAGACGGAAUCCGGAGGACAAGAGAGGGACCAGGCGAGCGUGAGGCCAUCUGUCGCGGGGCACGGCUGCAAUGGGUCUGCUGAUAUGAUUUGGGGAUCUCACGAUCAUGAUAGAGUUGCGAUCUUAUCGCUAGGUAGUUAGGUAGAUGGGCAGACGUAGAGGAUGCUGCUAGAAGCCUUCAGCAACUCCAGGUCGACCCUUGCUAAACUAAUCGAGUUACGCGCGAUUCUGAAGUUCCA